ACGAUAGCGUGCAAACGAGAACAACGCAGGUUACGAUCCCACACGAAUUCUCCCGAACGAACGAAAGAACUAACAUUAAACGACAGCUGUUGCGCCAUUACUGAAUUUUCGUGUUCUUCCAACAAGAAUCAAGUUUAUACGUGUUUCCUUUGUUAUUAUUUUUAUAUAUUAUAAAUUUCUUCGUUUUAUCGACGAGGUUUUAUCAAUACACAAUGAAGCGUACUGUUCUUGGGUUCUCUUUUAUCACACUAUGGUUAUUCGUAAUUAGUGAACGAAUUCAAGAGGCUAUCACGUCCCCUUCAAUUUUUGGAGAAUAACAUUUUUACAGAUGAUAAUAUAAUCUCAAUAUCGUUAUUGAAUUAUCGAAAAAACGAAGCUGUUAAAGAAAGGAUAAAGUUAGCUCCUACAAACAAUUACAUGAUAAAUAUUACCGCUAUACCGCCUACCAUUUCAUUUCUUAUCUUUCAAGUUCAUACAUAUCAAUAUAAUAUUACUCUUUCGUAUGACAAAUUAAAUCUUAAUAAGGUAUCAAACAGAAGUCUAUUUGGAUCUAACGUCGGUUUAUAUAUCGUACCAAAGAAGAAGGAAACGACGUUUUUCAUAAGAAAUAACAACGUUCGACAUGUCGAAACUCUAUUAGCGGUCGUUCCUUAUUUGAAGCAAGCACCAGUACCAGGCGGCUGUAACAUGGAAUUCAAUAUCGAAGUAGCGCCAUAUCAAAAGCUAUUCGUAAACGAUUCGAUCGUUAUCCUGGAUUCACAACCUGCCUCUUUACCACUCACGAGCAACGAAACUCAGAGAAGCUGUAUUUUUGCAGAAACAUAUCGCCUUUUUCUAACAAAACAGGACUAUUCUGUAGAGAGUUACUUCAAUGCUAUUAGCAGUAUGCUCACUGUCACGGAUAUUCUUCGUAAUGGUGAAAAGAUACCGGCACCGACCAUAAAUCCGUUAAGAAGGAUCAACAACCUUUAUUAUGGAAUUGGGACCGUCUACGCGGCUAUAGCUACUUAUGGAAAUGAUUCCUCGGCUUAUGUACCAACUUUCACCUAUGGAUUCAACUAUGUUCUUCAUCCAGAAGAUGAUAAAUUUUUAAAUGAUACGCUAUCAAAGUUAUUGUGCAUUUUAAUGUGUAUCGUUGGCUCCUUAUGCGUCUUACAAGGACAUAAAUAUCCCGAAAUGGAGUUCGUCGUGUACACAACAUUCUUUGGUGGCAUUAUCAGUUACAUCGUAGUUAAAUCUUUCGCAACUUACGACGUCAGAACAAAUAUUAUAUUGAGCUUAAUCGGAAGUUUCCUUUUUCUCCUCGUGGGCGUUAUUUCCUGUUUUACCAAAAAAUACAUAAACGUUCUCUUUUCCAUACUUUUUUUCGGAUUUCUCUGCAGCUCGAUCUUCUAUUUCAAUGUAAAAGACUCUCCAGCAAUUUUGGAGAACGACUGGUUGUUUUGGCCGAUUUAUUUGUUCAUCGCGCUCAUCGUCACGAUUAUUCUAAUCGCAAUGCCCUGCUUUGCUCUUACUCUGACAUGCGCUGUUCUCGGAGGAUUCACAGUGGUCUUAUCGAUCGCUUAUUUUGCGAACUCAAAUUUGGUCUACAUCAUUAUCAACGUUAUCAGGCGCCUGACUGUAUCUUGGUUCAAUUAUGCGAUCGUUAGUUUUCCGUUACAGAGCAAAGAUAUGAUCUUGAUCGUGUUUUGGGUUUUUCUGGCCAUAGUUCGUAUCCACAGUGAGGGCGUUUUUAGAGAUUUUUUCAACAAUUUGUACUGGAAAGUGUGUCGACGUGAUUUUAAAAAUAUUGAAUCGGAUAAGGCAUUCGAAGAUAUACCACUUUAUAAAUAUAGAGUAUUAGACUAUUUCAACUAGAGAAAGCGAAAAGCAAGUUGCCAUUGACUUUCCUAUCAUUUGUUUUUAUUUUUAUUCCUAAGGUAAAUCAAGUUGUUUCCGUCGUCGUUAGAUACGUUAUGUUACUUAGAAAGAUAGUUAUAGAUUUUUCCUACAUUUUCUAGUACAUGUACAAAUCUAUCAGUGAUUUAUGUUUUAGAUUUUUUACGAAUAGAAAAAAAAGAAUUAUAUGCCUGCUUAUUUAUUUUGAUUAGUUACUCGUUAAAUAUAUUUAGUUUUAUAAUUUCGUUUAGGUUUCUUAUUAACGAAAUAUGAUAUUGUACCACUUACCUAGAAUUUUACAUUGAAAGGUUAAUGUGAUAAACGAUCGUGGUGCAAAAUAUGUAAUUAUGUUAUCGCAAUAUAUUCGUAUCAAAAAGGAUGAUAUCGCAAACGAAUGCGAUCAAAACUAACAUAUAUGUUCAUGUCAUUAACGCGUACUCACUUCGAUAUUCACAGUCCUCUCUUCCUUGUUCCAACAAGUGCACUCGAAAGUUUGCAAUCUAUACAUAUGCUUUAAUGCAAUGAUGUGGGUAAAGAAUGUGACUCUGUUAGGAUUAAAAUGAAAUAACAUUUAUUGGAAUCGAGACAGUGACAGCUAACAAUGGUUCUAAUUUCCUACUACUUACAAUCUUAAAGGUAAUCACAGCAACAAUAUUAUCUCAUUAUUCACAACACUUACAUUGGAUUACGGUCGUAUUAAUAUAUAUGCAUAUACGUACGUAAUAUUUUAUAUACAUUUUUAUUAUUUCUCAUUAAUAAAUUUGCUUAUACUCGUACACUGUAUUCAUUACUAGUAUCAUUAUUACAGAUAAGAGAAGUGUUACGUGACCACUUCCACGUCAUGUUUAUUUAAAUUACUUGCUGAUAAUCGUGGGAAAGAGAUAAUAAUGCCGUUCGAUUGGAUAUUAAAAAAGAAAGAAUAUAAAAAUAAUCGAGUUACGAACUGAAAUAAUAGAAUAUUCUACUCUGCCCUAUUAGAGCGAUUAGUGAGAAGUUUACGAUAAUAAUCCGUGCAGAGAGCGAGCAAACGAGAACAAUUCGAGGUUUCUCCCGGACAUAGAUAAAGACGCAGAAGUGGUACUUACAUAGUGAAAUCAAAACGUACGUAGAUGUCUCGAAACGAUCGGCAAAAUCGAUAAGGGACCUCGACUUGAAGAUUUUCGAACGUUUUAUUUUGAAAAAGAUGACGAAUGAACGAAAUGUAAAAGUAUCGUAAAAAGUAACGACCGACAAAUUCUAUCUACGAAUCUACGAUCUGUGCUCGCUUCUGUCCCUGCUUCUAUCCUUUUUAAUUUCAUUUUUUUUCCAAAAAUAUAAAUUUACUAGAGAGAUAAUGUACAUUAUGAUUCCACGGUCGAGCGUAUUAAACGCGUCGCGUAAUAAAAGCGCUUGAUGAUCGAAAGAGAAAGAGAAAAGUUUGCGAAUCUACGAGAAAAUAUCGUUCGAUUCGUUUCCUCUACACUUUUUACGGAACUCGAUGGAGUAGAUAGAGAAAGGUAAUGGGGAAUGGUCGCGAUGGCGAUGAUGAAUAGGACAAACGUUAUUAUGUUUGACAUGUCGUUAACUUUUUAACACAAACGUAUAGGUAUUCUUUGUGAUUAAUUAUUGACCGUAUGACAAAUUGUAAGUGCUUGUUUGCUAUAUUUAUUACAAAGUUCGAUUCGUCGUAGCCCAUCCCAGACGUUUUUGGCGAGAACUCGCGGCUUUGUUUCUCGGUACGCGAUCGUCGACAAUCGAGAGAGCUUUCGUGCAAAUCGUUGGGGGGAAAAGGGAAGAAGGAGCGAAAGGGAGAGAGAAACGAGAGCAGUCUGGAUCGUUUAAAAUUCGAAAUAAAUGCGUCGUCGGUGACUCGUCGGCUUUUACACAGCUUCCACAUCGGACUCGGAGAUCGAUGGACUAAUUAUUCAGCGCGUGGCACUCAAUUAGCAAAAAAACGCGUUGUUUCGUUCUGCUUUGUGCAUCAUUAAAAACAUUCGGUCGAAUCAACCACGUCGCAUCCAUCGUCACGAAUCUCCAACGGAAGUUACAGGUGGUUGCCGGAUAGGACGACAUAUUUAUUUUUGCUCGCGCGCGCAAUAGAAUUUCACUUUCCCGUUGAAUAUUUAAACCGGACUGUGCGGUGAAUUAGAAAAUGCGAUCGAACGAUGGAUUUCGACUUCGUGGAAGGAAGCUUCUUUCUUUAAAGCGUGCACGAUUGAACUCCGUGAUUGUGACGUUAAUUAAAAGAAAAUGACCCGCGCGAAUUUGUUCGCCGGUGCGGAAAUCAAUAUCGUUCCGAGAUCCUUUUACGAAAUUUUCGGAAUUUUCCGUUCGGAUACGCUUCGACGAUCACAAGAGAACGACGAUGAUCGCGCGUACGAUUUUAAGCCACGGUUCUUAACGUCUGAAUUUAUAGCGACGAUCGAAGUUUCAUAUAUUUUUGUUCUUUCUUCUUCAUUCGUUCGUUUCUCUUAACUACAACGUAUAUACAGUAUGCCGUAUGAUUAUCGCUAAUUUACAUGUCUACGAUCUACCGAGAGUAACAAAUGCUAUUUUACAAUCAGCUUUAUACAAGAAAAAGAAGAGUAAGGAUUAAGGGUUUAGGUAAGAGGAAGAAGAUGUAAUUUGUCAAAGGAAAAACGGAAAACGAGAAGAAAGAUCGACUAUCAAAAUCCGAUGCGAAUGUCGAGCAUUGUUUCCAAUCGUUAUUUCGAAAAUUAAUGCUUCGAGGAUCUUUCUCUCGCAGAAUUUCGACAUCGAUUCUCUAAACCGUUUCACGAAUUUUAUAAAGCUACAAAUUUGUGGAUUCCUCUUAUUAAAUAAGAUAGCUCGAACGAAACGAUCGAGCUAUCGAUUGGAUUUCUACGAAUGAUCGGUAACAUCGAGUGUUUUCGAGUCGGAGAAAACAAAAAUUUACGAUCUGAAAACGCAUAUGUACGUUAAUUCGUUUUUCUUGGUUCUGCGUUUCGUUAAGAAGAAAAAAAGAGAAAAAAAAGAGAGAGU